AUGCCUCAUCGCAUCAGCUGGCCAGGAUGCUGGUGUAUCCUCAUCACUCUCAGCCACGGUGAUGCCUGCAGAAACACCCUGCAGCUCCCCAUCAACCUCCAGCUCCACCACAUGGCCCUCCAGCUCCACCACAUGGCCCUCCGCGCCCACAGAGGCUUCCGCCUCCACCGCUGCUCCACGCUCCACCUCACCACCCGCCAACCCUCGGAGCCAGGGCAGCUCUCCACCGAGGAGGGGGAGGAGGAGGAGGAGGCCAGAUUGGAGGAGCAGGAGAGGGAGGCUGAAGCCAGGGAGAAGAGGAGGUGGAGGGAGUGGAUGGACAGAGAGGAGACAGGGAAAGGGAAGAAAGAAGAGAGAGGGAAAGACAGGAGAGGGAGGACAGAAGGGACAGGGAGGCUCGGGAGAGGGAGAAGCGCUUUUUAA